GCACUGUUAAGACUGAUGGUGUGUGAUUUCUUGUUAAAACUGUUUAAAAUGUCUGAAAUUCAAUCUCAGUUUAUGACACCUGUAGCUAAUAAAACCAUUUCAGCUUUAAAAAGUACUUCGUCGAAAACUUUUGGGAAUACUCCUCUUGUAAUUCCACCUUCUCCUUUUAUGAAAAAACUUGGUUGUGGCACUUUUGUAACUGUUUAUAGAUACAAGCGUAUUGAUCCAUCAGGUGAUAUUGCUUCCCCUUGGGCUUUGAAAAAAGCUAAACAUGGCCAUGCACGAAAAUCUAUUAAAGAAAGACUUACAAAUGAAGCAGAAAUUUUACGCUCACUAAACCAUCCAAAUAUUGUUGCUUUUAAAAACUUUUGUCAGACUAGUCAAGGUGACAUGUAUCUGUCAAUGGAAGAUUGUGGGAAAGGAUUAGAUAACAUAAUAAUGAACAAACAGCAAGACGAUGAUAUGUUUACAUCAACGCAAAUAUUAAAAGUUUCGUAUUCACUUGCGAAGGCUUUAGAUUACCUCCAUAAUAUUAAAAAACUGCUCCAUGGAGACUUAAAAAGUGGAAACGUGCUUGUUAAAGACAAUUUUAGUCAAGUUAAGCUUUGUGAUUUUGGUGUUUCGAUUUUUCUUAAAGAUGAUUUAAGUGGUCCGACAAACGAGAAUGCUUCAUAUGUAGGUUCGGAACCAUGGAUAAGUCGUGAAGUUAUUGAAGACUCCAUUAUUACAGACAAAGCAGAUAUAUUUGCAUAUGGAUUAGUAAUAUGGGAAAUGCUUGCUCUUGACGUACCUCAUGUGGCCCUUAUGACUGAGUUAGCUGAUUUGGAUGGAAGUUUUUCUGAUACUUCUAAUUCUUCAUUGACUUAUCAAGCGUAUUACGAUGCUCUGGGAACAAGACCACCCUUGCCAGAUCAUGUUUAUGAUAAAUCAUAUGAAUCUGUUAUAGCAAUUUUUGUUUGCUGUACGAAUGAAAAUUAUAAAGAACGCCCAAAUGCAAAAUGUCUUGUAGAAAGUGUUUCUUUGACAAUCGAUAAUAUGGAAGUUUAAAAUGGUUGGAUUCCUCGAGUAUUGGGCAUAAUCUGUGAAGUUGUUGAUAUUUGUUCAACUGUUUUAAAUAUGUAGAAAGUGACAUUAUACGAUUAGAACUUAUUAUCUGCUUAGAAACACCUAAAGAAACUUAUUAUAUGCUUAAGAAUACUCAAAGAAACGUACUAUCUGCUAAGGAAUACCUAAAGGAACUUAUUAUCUGCUUAAGAAUACUUAAAGUAACGUACUAUCUGCUUAGAAACACCUAAAGGAACUUAUUAUCUGAUUAGAAACACCUAAAUAUAUACAACUUAUUUAUUGUUGUGAUAAAAAAUUUUUA